AUCUUACUUUUUUUUUCUUGCAAAGAAGAAAAACCAAAGGAACAGAUCCAACAGUUCUCAAGAUCGCAUCUGAAUCAAAAAUAUAUAGCAUGAUCAAAGAGGCGAUCAAUUCAUGUGUUUAUCCUUUCGAUGGUGUUAUGGCAGAAUCUGAUAAGGUAUACGACAAACUAUCAGCAGAAUCUGAUAAGGAGGUGGAGCUUGAUGCAACAAAAGCCAAGGUGGAGAAAGUUAGAGAAGAAAAUGAGAAUUUAAAGCUCUUACUCUCUAGGAUUCUUACUGAUUACAACUCUCUUCAAAUGCAUGUCUCCAACGUUAUCCGACAACAACGUGAAGCUUCUAUGGAGCUGGACAUUAAUAGUCACGACAGUUUCGGUGUAGAUAUAUCUCUUAGGCUUGGAAGAUCAGACAUGAAUAUCUCCAAAAAAGAGGAUAAAAUAGAGAAGAUUUGUCCGGACAAGAUAUCUGAUGACAAAAAGGACGGGUCAGAUAUGAAACGAUCUUUACUAGUUUUAGGAUUACCGAUUCAGAGUUGUGAAACUGAGCAAAACAUGAAGUUAGAUAAUCUUUCUAGAGAUGCUAGAAAUAAAAACGAGGAGAAUAAAUGUGGAUCUUCGAGGAAAGAUUUCAAAACGGCUAGAAAUGUAGAUCGUCAAGAGGUUUUGGAAGGACAUGAGCAACCGUGUUUAAAGAAAACUAGGGUUUGUGUGAAAGCACCGUGUGAAGACCCAUCAAUAAACGACGGUUGCCAAUGGAGGAAAUAUGGUCAAAAGACUGCAAAAGCGAACCCUCUUCCACGAGCCUAUUACCGCUGCUCCAUGUCUUCAAAUUGUCCCGUCAGAAAACAGGUUCAAAGAUGCGGAGAAGAUGAUACCUCCGCUUAUAUGACGACGUAUGAAGGAAAUCACGACCAUCCUCUACCCAUGGAAGCAACUCACAUGGCGGCCGGAACUUCCGCCGCCGCGUCCUUAUUACAAUCUGGCUCCUCCUCCUCCUCCGCGAGUCUAAGCUAUUACUUCCCUUUCCACCACUUCUCUGUCUCCACUACUAACUCCCACCCCACCGUAACACUUGAUCUCACACGACCAAACUAUCUCAAUCAAUUGCCAAACUACCCUCUCUCUUCCUCAUCUCUCAGCUUCUCCUCCUCUGAUCGUCCAUCUUCGUCAAACAGUCACACGUUGAGCUUCAAUGGCUUGAGAACACAAGCUCCCUUGAGUACAUAUUCACAAAUGCCCCGUUUAUCACAUCAAACCAAACUUUCUGAACAACAAUAA